AUGGACAUACAGUUGCUGCCAGAAGAGUUGCAAGAGGAGGGAAUAGAAAUAAAAAAUGACUCUGCUGCAAGAUACGAUUUUGACAAAAUGGACAAGCCCUCAUUUUGGUUAAAGUACUUAAAAGUUUACCCCAGUGUUUCAGGGAAAGCUGUUCGGAUGUACUUGCCUUUUUCAACAACAUACAUGUGCGAAAAAGCGUUUUCAACUCUUGUGGCGAUCAAAACCAAGUACCGCAACAAACUUGAUGUCGAAAGUGACCUACGCUGUGCUUUGUCUGAAACUCAACCCAGGAUCUGUCAGCUUAUCCAGAACAUGCAAGCGCACCCAUCUCACUAA